AUGGCAGGUGUAGGGAGUGAGGAUGAGGAUGGUGGAGGUCUGCUUACACCUCGCACCAAAGGCAUUGUACAGCAUUUUCAAAAGCAAGUGAGGGAGUACACCCUUGGAAUUGAUAAUGAUUUGCAGGUGAUAAAUGAGAAGAUUGGGCAAAUGGAGGCCGCACAGAUUUCCAACAACACCAAGCUUGCAGGUUUGGAGACGACGGUUGCUCGCGUGGACAAGAGUCUCGCUGCUCUUCUAAGGCGCUUUGAUGAGCUCCACGCGAAGACGAAUGAUCAGCAUAGAGGACGUGGCGAAGAGGAUGAGGACGGCGCAAAAUAUUCAGGUGCUGAUUAUGCUGCUGACACCGAAGUUGAGGAUCGAGGCCAGCGACAUCUACGUCGUAACCGUCGAGGUAUGGGUGGACAACGUCCACAUGAGGUACAUAACAAUGACAUUGCUUUCAGUAAGAUAAAAUUUAAGAUACCCUCUUUUGAUGGUAAAUAUGAUCCAGAUGCUUAUCUUACUUGGGAGAUGGCUGUUGAACAAAAAUUUACUUGUCAUGAUUUUCCUGAAAAUGCAUGUGUUAGGGCUGCAACUAGUGAAUUCACUGAUUUUGCUUCCGUUUGGUGGAUAGAACAUGGCAAGAAAAAUCCUAAUAACAUGCCACAAACUUGGGAUGCUUUGAAACGGAUUAUGAGGGCUAGAUUUGUUCCAUCUUACUAUGCACGUGAUCUUUUAAACCAGCUGCAGCAGUUAAAACAAGCUGAAAGGGAAGUGCAGGGACGACGUGCAAGUACCAGGACUAACAUUUCUGCAGGGAGGAAUUUUUCCACGCAGCCCCGCUCAAGCAUUCCAUCAACUGGAUGUGUUGCUGCACCUUAUUCAUCGUCAGCUCGAACAGCAGCCCCACCUUCUAGCGACAAGCCUCGUGACAACCCUGCAAAUUCAGCAGCAAAGACAACGCAAAAACCUGCUGCAACCACUUCAUCGGUGGCAUCCACAGGUAGAACAAGAGAUGUUCAGUGCCACCGCUGCAAGGGAUUUGGACAUGUCAUGCGUGACUGCCCAAGCAAGCGUGUUUUGGUGGUAAAAAAUGAUGGUGAGUACUCAUCUGCUAGUGAACUUGAUGAAGAUAUACUUGCAUUGCUUGCGGCUGACCAUGCAGGAAGUGAGGGCUGCUCGGAAGAACAUAUUAAUGCAGCUGAAGCCGACCGCUAUGAGAGCCUAAUUGUGCAGCGUGUGCUGAGCGCACAAAUGGAGAAAGCGGAGCAAAAUCAGCGGCACACAUUAUUCCAAACAAAGUGUGUCAUCAAAGAGCGUUCGUGUCGAGUGAUCAUCGAUGGAGGUAGCUGCAACAACUUGGCCAGCAGCGACAUGGUGGAGAAGCUUGCACUUACCACCCAACCACACCCGCAUCCAUAUUGCAUUCAAUGGCUGAAUAACACCGGUAAGGCAAAGGUAACAAAACUUGUGCGAAUUAAUCUUGCCAUCGGAUCCUAUAAAGAUGUUGUUGAAUGUGAUGUUGUGCCAAUGCAAGCAUGUAGUAUUCUGCUAGGAAGGCCAUGGCAAUUUGAUAAAGAUUCUAUGCAUCAUGGUAGAUCAAAUCAGUAUUCCUUCCAAUACCAUGAUAAAAGGAUUGUGUUGCAUCCAAUGUCUCCUGAAGCAAUUUUAAAAGAUGAACUUACUAGAGCUAGUAAAAUGAAGAAUCAGGAACAGGUUAAAAGUGAAAAUCAAAUUGUGGCCAACGAACUUGAGAAGCACAAAAAGAGAAGUGCCAAAUCUGUUCAUGAUAACAGAAAUGAGAUCAAGCUGAAAGGGGCAUGUUUCAUUGCUACUAAAUCUGAUUUAGAUGAGAUUGAUGCUACCACUGCUGUUUGCUAUGCCUUGAUUUGCAAACAAACCUUGUUUUCACUUCAGGACAUACCUCUUUCCUUGCCCCCUGUUGUCACUAACCUUUUGCAGGAGUAUGCGGAUGUUUUUCCAAAGGAGGUGCCACCGGGGCUGCCACCAAUUCGUGGGAUUGAGCACCAGAUUGACCUUAUUCCCGGGGCCUCCUUGCCCAAUCGUGCACCAUACAGGACCAACCCUGAAGAAACUAAAGAAAUUCAGCGCCAAGUGCAAGAAUUGCUCGACAAAGGUUACGUGCGUGAGUCCCUGAGCCCCUGCGCUGUUCCUAUCCUUUUGGUUCCUAAGAAAGAUGGAUCUUGGCGCAUGUGUGUAGAUUGCCGAGCGAUUAAUAACAUAACUAUCAGAUAUCGUCAUCCUAUCCCUAGGCUAGAUGAUAUGCUUGAUGAAUUGAGUGGCUCAAUUGUGUUCUCGAAAAUUGAUUUGCGUAGUGGUUACCACCAGAUUCGCAUGAAGUUAGGAGAUGAAUGGAAAACAGCGUUUAAAACUAAAUUCGGUCUAUAUGAGUGGUUAGUCAUGCCUUUUGGUCUCACUAAUGCACCCAGCACUUUCAUGAGGUUAAUGAAUGAAGUUUUACGCGCUUUCAUUGGCAGAUUUGUUGUGGUAUAUUUUGAUGACAUUCUGAUCUAUAGCAAAUCACUAGAAGACCAUCUUGAUCAUUUGCGUGCUGUUUUGGAUGCUCUCCGUGAUGCACAUUUGUUUGGUAACCUUGAGAAGUGCACCUUUUGCACAGAUCGAGUCUCUUUUCUUGGCUAUGUUGUGACACCGCAGGGAAUUCAAGUCGAUCAAGCCAAGGUUGAAGCCAUUCACAGCUGGCCGGUUCCCACAACGGUCACCCAAGUGCGAAGCUUUCUAGGACUUGCUGGAUUUUAUCGUCGCUUUGUGAAGGACUUUAGCACCAUUGCAGCCCCGUUGCAUGAACUCACUAAGAAGGGUACAACCUUCACUUGGGCUGCAGCUCAACAGGAUGCUUUCAGCGUGCUCAAAGAUAAGUUAACUCAUGCACCCUUGCUCCAACUUCCAGAUUUCAAUAAAACAUUUGAACUUGAAUGUGAUGCUAGUGGAAUUGGGUUGGGUGGCGUGCUGUUGCAAGAUGGUAAGCCUGUAGCAUAUUUCAGUGAGAAAUUGAGUGGACCUAGCUUGAACUAUUCUACUUACGAUAAGGAAUUGCUUGCUUUAGUUCGAAACUUUGGAAACUUGGCAGCACUAUUUGUGGCCCAAAGAGUUUGUUAUACAUUCUGAUCA